CGUGUAAACUUCCAUCUGUGAUUGAGAUCCGGCAGUCAGCGGGAAUGCCAGUGUAAGCCUGUCUUGGCACUGUGACUUUUAUAAGCAUGUAGUCAAAAUCCAGCUGAUAGAAGUGAUACCCGUGAAUCUUUGAAUUCAUUUUUGAUUUUUCGACGAAUAUGGAAAUAGACGAUGGCGAAGAAGGCUUGGACGACAGGCCGAUUUCUGCAUUGGCACCUCGAGUGGGAGGGCAGGAAGAAAGUGAGGUGGAAGUAUCAGCAAGUCCGGCAUUCCAGUGUUUGGACGAGUUAUUCAAUGCUGGAAAAAUUACUGGGACAAGAAUGGCAGAGUUAAAAGUGAAAUAUAGCGAAAUUCAUGAUAUGCUGAAAGAUAAAAGAGAAUCAGAGACAAGAUUGUUGAAUGAAGCGAAGGAUUUCACAAAUGUUCUUGACAAACAGAGGCAAGAGAUAGCUAAGGCUGAUCACUUCCCAGAAAAUAUUGAUUCAGAAGUUGGGAAACUCAGGCAAGAUUUGUUGAAGAGGCAUAAUGAACUACAUCAAAUUGAGGAACGAGAUUUUCUUCUACAAUAUAAGCUUGAAUCCCUUCAAGAAGAGUUGCAUUUAUUAAAACGUGAUUACGAGCGAACUCCAAAAUUAGAGGAAAUCGAACAAAAGAAAGGUGAAUUGAGGACACAGAAUGACGUACUGAGAAAAGAAAAUGCACAACGACAACUUGAAUUAAAGAAUUUGAAGGAAGACUUGGAAUCAAAGCAUUGGCAAAACAGUGUUGAUUCCAAAGACUUGGAAUGUUCGAUUGCAGAACAAGAAAAUGUCAAAAAUAAUCUUGUACAAAUACAUGGAAUUCCAACUCAGAUCGCUAAAGAGAUUGACAAAAGCAAUAAAAUACUGCAGGAACAAGCGAAGAAAUUUGCAAUCCUUGAAGAUGAUAAUCAAGUAGUUGUUGCAGAAAUGAAAAUCAUUGAAGGAAAAAAACUCAGAAUAAAAGAAGAAAAGAAAGAGGUAGAGGAUGAGUUAGAUCGACAACGACAAAUUUUAGAAGGAAAAGAGAGAGAAUAUGACAAGCUCAUGAAGGAUUUUGAUUUUGAAAAAGAGAGAGAAGCUGUUUCAUUGGGUGACAGAGCAACAUUGGAUUUACAUCUCCGACAUGCACAGUUAGAAAAGAAAACAAUGCAUGAUACACUGACUAGAAAACAGAGAGAAAAAGACAGAGACCUGAGACAAUUGAAAAAGCUUGAACAACAACUGAAAGUUGUUAAUGAUGCUUUACAACAUACAGAACUUAUCUGGGAGAAAGCCAAAUCAAUGGUUGACAUGUUUCCAAGAGACGAUGGUUCAUCUUUGGAAAAAAGAAAACAACUCCAGUCCGAAGUUGAUGAAAUUAAACGAAAAUUAGGACAACAAAAUGCUCUGACCUCAGUUGAACAGGUGAAAGUUGAUGAUUGUGCCUUGGAAGAAGAACAAUUAAUCAAACGUCAAGAAGAACUACGUGCUGAAGUUGUUGAGUUAACAAGACUUGCACAAAUCAAGGCAGAUGAACGGGAACAAAAAGCAAGGGAUUAUAUGAGAGCAGAACAACGAUCUAUCAAAGCUAUAAAUGAAUUGAAAUCUAAAGAUUUAUCCAUCACUGAUCAUAAAAAGAAAAACACAGAAGUCCAGGUUCGCCUUCAAGAAUCAGCAAAGUUAUAUGACAUAAUCAAGAAUGAAAGAAACAAAUGUGUCAACCAAAUUCAAGCGAGUACUCAGAAAGCUGCUGAAAUGAGAGAAAAGAUUAAAAUAUUAUCAAAUGAAAUUGAAAUUUUACGAACCACUGUAUCCAAUCUUGAAAGGAACCUUCAGAAAGCUCGUUUGAAGCAUAUGAAUUCUCUUGUGUUGAGAGACUCAUUGAGGAACGAGAGAUCAAAAGCACUUGUUUUGGAGAGUGAGCUGGCUGAGAAACGUGAACAACUGAAAGCCCAGAUCAGUAAAUUGAAUACACUAAACAACCAAGCUGAAGAACAAAUGGUGCAACUAAGAAAAAGAUAUGAAAUCGCUGUUCAACAUCGUAAUGACAGAGGAGUACAGUUAGUAGAACGAGAAGAGGAAGUUUGUAUAUUUUAUGAAAAAUCUAACAUACAAGAUAUCAUGAUCUCUAAUGGAGAUGUUGCUGUUCGUGCACUUGAAGAAGAAAUCAGGUUCUUGAGAAUGCAACUUACAGAAGAAUAUCGAUUGAUAGAACUUGCUCGAAAAAAUCAACCAAAUCGACUUCAUCUCAGUGAUGAGCUGAUUACAUUACAAAUUCAGUUGGCUCAAUGUCAGGAUCGUAUGAGAGGUUUGGAGAAAAAACUUGAGGAUCCGGAACAACCAAAUAGAGUACGAUUGCUUGGCGGAAAAGAUCCAACACCUACUGAAUUACACAAGAAAAUGGAAGAACUUGAAAUACGACUUGCUCAGAAAGAGGAAACUUUGUUGGAUAAAGAUUUAAUAUUUGAUCAGGCAUCGAGACUUGCUAAUCGUGUACAAAAGAAAGUAGAUGCUGGACAAGAAGAUUCAUUGACACUUUCGAAGAAGGUAAAUGAUUGCCCAAGAAAAAUCAAAGAUGUGACAAGAAAAAUGAUGGCCUUGGUAUCUGAGCUAGCGAUGCAACAGGCUAACGCCCUUCAUUUACAACAAAAUAUUAAAGAAAAAGAAUCAGAAUUGGAGCAAUGUUAUAGGAGAUUGGAACAGGGUGAACCACCAUCUGAAGAAAUUGAACAUGAAUGGACGAAAAUGUUGUUAACUGAUGAACAAAAAUUGCAACAACUUGCAGAGGCAGGAAUGCAACCAAAUUACGAACAGAAACAAUACGAGUUAUCCGGCGGUCUGACAACUACUGCAGAACCAAGACCAAAUGCAUACAUUCCAGAUGAUGAGGGUGAAUUACCAAUACCUCGACCAUACGGAGCACUGGCACCAUUCAAACCUACUGAACCGGGGUCGUCAAUGCGUCAUAUUCGAAAACCAGUUAUCAAGCCUAUUGAAAUCUAACAUUUUUUUCAACUAUUUUCAUGUUACAGUCAAAUAAGUAUUAGGAAGACAGAGUUGAUAAACUUGUUCAAAAAAUGUUCCAACAUUACCCUAUGAUUCCAUAAGUAUAAACAAGUUCAUCGAUUUUGUCAAGUUGUUUGUAUAUAUGUGUGUCAAAACUUCAUAAAUGUUCAUAGAUGUUGGUUCAUAUACUUCCAUUCUAUUUUUAUUAUCAAAAAAAUAUUAUCAUCUGAAUAAACUCGA